AUGGUUUAGUUUUUUUUUUGAUUUUCAGAAAUUGAAGUAUAAAUUUAGACGGAAAUGAUCGACAUAUUUUGUGAGGCAACGAGAGAAAUUCGCUUUAAAGAUGUGAUUUUGGAAGAAGUAGCUGUGAGUUUUAAUUUUUUUUUUCGGAUCAGAAUAAUUUUUCAGAUGGAUCCUUGUUCUUAUUUGGAGCAAAACCGUAGGAGGAACGAAGAACAUCGAAUCGGUCAAGAACUCGUCGAAGAGAGAACUCGUCGUUCUGAAAGGCCAAAAAGGGAACCCGAGCCGGAAGAACAGGAAUUUGGUACUGGAAAAAAAAAAUAAUAAGCAUAUAUUUUCUUACAGAAGAAGAAGAACAUGACGAGGGCCCGAGGCAGUAUUUUUUCCCAUCUUUGCAAACUCAAAGGAAUGAUUUUGCUUCGGAUGUAAUAUACGAUUUUGAAAGCGACUUCCAAGUGAAAAAGGUUGGUUUCCGGAGAAAAACAGGGGUUUCGGCCUUUUUUUCUUUCUUUGAUCAUUCUGAAAAAAAUGUUCUGUUAUUCUUCGCUCUUUCUUGAGGUGUUACCCAACCAUUGUUCUUUAUAACUUGUUCCAUAAUUUUUUGAAAUGAUUAUUUUCGUAUUUUUUAUAGGAAUAAGCUUGAAUUGUCCUUUCAAUUUUCUCAAAAUCUCGCCAAAAUUUUGCAGAUUGCCGUUCUCGGCUGCGGCGCCAUGUCUCUAGAACGAUCCAUGAUCAAUUGGAUUGAAAAUAUGUAUUGUGAACGGAUUUUAUCAGUUGAUAUUGAUCCGAACGCCCUUCUGGAGGGUUUGCAGAAGCUAGAGUGAGUUCAUGAAACGAGUAAUUAGAAAAUUCGAAAAAGAACGGGAAAAAUAGGACUUUUUCUUUUGAAUUAUCUCUAUUUUAUUUUAUUUUUUUUAUUUUUUCAUUUUUCUCUGUAGAAUCGUUGUAUUAUCCAUGCAAUAAAUUGUUGAAAAUGAUUCAAACUUUCAAUUUGAAACGUAAGUUAAUAAAAAUAUAAGGCCAAGCUCUAUUCGGAUUACAAGGAAUUUUUCUCAUUUUUCAAAAUUAUUUUUUGUGGUUUUUCAGUGAGAUCAAUGCCUCAUUAAACUUGUAAAAUCUUUAAAUUUUAAAAAAAUAUGUUAGAUUCCAGGAGAAUCGUCGAAAAUGCGAGAGCGGAACGGAGACCCGGGCCUCCCCUUCUUUUUCAGGCCUUUUUAGGUAAGAAAUUGAUUUUUUUUCGUUUAAAUCAGCUUUUAAAGGCGCAUAGGCUCUCUACGUGCCUUUGAAACUUUGGAAGAUCAUUUUUUAUGAGUCAAAAAUGUUCAAAAAUAAUUGGUAAAUGACGUAGGAGUCUUUGUAACAGCUAUUAAAGGCGCAUAGCGUUUUAUGUGCCUUUAAAUCUCUAGAAUUAUAUUUUUUAUGAACCAAAAACGUUCAAAAUUUCUUGGUAAAAAGCGUAGAAGUCUUUAUAACAGCUCUUAAAGGCGCAUAGGUUUAUCAUGCGCCUUUAAAUAUUUGGAAAAAUGUUUCUAUGAACCAUAAAUGUUCAAAAAUCGUUGGUAAACGACGUAGCAGUUUUUAUAACAGCUAUUAAAGGCGCAUAGAUGUUAAUACCCUUUUUCAUGCUCUUUAUACCCAAUAAAGGAUAUCUCAAUAAACAGCAGAGUUCAAAAGAAAAAAAUAAAAAAAUUUUCCAGGCGAUAUAACUGAAAUCGACACAAGGUUCUGUGAAGCUGAUAUCAUCGUAUCCAUCGAAGUGUUCGUUUUUCAUUGAUUUUUGUCAAAAUCAAUCAAUAUUUUGAUAGAAUCGAGCACAUGUCCCUGGAAAGUGCGAACAAGUUCGUCGACAACGUUCUUGGCGUUUAUCGACCAAAAGCCUUCAUUUUAUCGACCCCAAAUAGGGAUUUUAACCCGGUAAAUGAGGGAAAAUUGGUUGCGCAAAGGGUAAAUCGAGACAGAAAAUUUUUUUUCAAUCGUUGAAAAGCUUAUUUACAGAGCUUUAGAUGAUCACUUUUCACUGAAAAAAAUCAGGCGAUUUUCGAACCUUUUUAAAAACUUUUCGAGUAAAUUAAGAAAAAAAGGAAUUUCAGGGGGGUGGGGGGUCUGAAGUGAAAAAUCAAGAUAAAAAAAUUUUUUUUUAAUGUCAAAACAUUUUUUUCAUAGCUUUAUAUGACCAAUUUCCACUGAAAAAAAUCAGAAAGUUUUUUUCGAAUUUUUUUAAAAAAUUCUUGAGUCUUAAAAAAAUAUUUCUUUUUCAUAGCUAUAUAUAACCACUUUUCACUGAAAAAAAUGAGAAAGUUUUCAAAUUUUUUUCACAGAAGUACUUAUUUUAUUUCUAUUCCGUCUUUUUGAUGAAAAAUUUUCUAUUUUUUUCAAAAUUUCUAGGCCCUCAACAUGAAACCGUCCUCUUUCCGUCACUGGGACCAUCAUUAUGAGUUUUCUCGUCAGGAAUUUGAGGAUUGGUAAAUAUUUUCAAUUAUUGAUUUUUUCUUUUCUAAUUAUUGAUUUUUUGGUCCUAAUUAUUGAUUGAAUUAAGGGUAGCAGAAGUAACGGACCGUCAUCCGCAUUAUAAAGGCGAAAUUAACAUGGUUGGAACUUUGGAAGGUUGGUUUUUAGGGUUUUUUUGUUCGAAAACUCACUGGUUUUCAAACGUAGUUUUCUGAUUACAAAUUUUGUUCCCAUGUCAUAGUUCUUCAUAUUUUUUGAUCAAUCUUUUUCACAAAAAUUAGAAUUUUGUAGGUUUUGAAAGCCUUGGCGGUGGCAGCCAAUUCGCUAUUUUUUUCACUUGAAUCUGACGAAAUUCCGAAAAAUUCCUCGGGAAGCUAGGAGUUUCAAAUAUGUGAGUUUAUUUCUGGUAUAAAGAAACAUAUUUUAUUCUAUCAUGGCCUACUUUUUUUCUUUAUUACUCUACUUUUAGAAGCGAGAAGAGCUGACUAUGAAAUUUUUGAGUGCCUAAAUUGUAAUUUCGAGCAGUUUUUGUUGAAUUUUCAAUACUAUAACAGUAUGAAGAGUGAAAUCCAUUUUGCGACCUUUAUUGAGCCUUUAUUUCUUGGUCACGGCGUUUUUUCGACGACUUUUUCUCCGUAAAGUGUCGUGUGUCCUGUGCAUGCACUGCGACGCUUUAACGCAGAAAGUUGCGUUUAUGUAGAGAAAUUUCGAUUAAUCUCAAAAUUCUCUGGUAAUACGGCGGCCUGCGCCUUUAAUAUGCUCUGUUAUUCACGCUUUUAGAGCCGGAAUCUCUGCCGUUCCCAUGACGUCACGUGGGAACGGCGGAUUUUUUGGGCUCCGCCCAUCGUGUCUUUUUUUUCGCAUUUUCUUCCAUCAGCGAAAACGCCGUGUGGUGGGCUGAAAAUCCUCGAAAAAAGGUGAAAAAAAAGCCGCAAAAAGGGUGCUGAAAGUCCCGGCCAUUGAUUAUUUCCGAUUUUAUUAUUUUAGCACAUUUUAGUUCAUACACAGUCCCCACUCAAUUUGAAAAAUGUUGUGUUUCUCGAAAAGGGUCCAAGAAGGGUGGAUAAAGGGCGAUGAAAGGGCGAAAAAAGGCAGUAAAAAAAGGAAACCCUGGCCAGUCGUUUAGGGAACAAUUAAUGGAAUCCUUUAGAACCCAUAACGGGACGCUCAACGGGUUCGUAAAAGGUCCUCCCGACUUUGCUUGUAAAAUGUAUUAUAGUCUGCGUGCCACGACUUGAAAUUUCACCGAACGACAUUCCGCUGUUCCGCUGCGUGCGGUUGCGAAGCGUCUUUCGAAUCUAGGUUUCAAUUGAUUGGUAUUGCUGUGGGAGCACAUGAAAGUAGAGGACCUUAAUAAAAGAAAAAAAAAAUCGAAAGCGCGACCAAGGUUCGCAAAGGCGCGCAGCGGCACAGCGGAAUGUCGUUACGUGAAAUUCAAAGUCGUGGUACACAGGCUAUGGACCUCUUCUUGAAGAAAACAGCGAUUUUUCAAAAAAGUAGUUGUUAUUUAUCAGGCCGGUGACUUACUCCUGCCUCUGGGCCGGGACAAAGUCGAAGCUUCUAUCUCCUGCGUGGCCAUGUGUAGGUUUCUACGCUCAACGGAACUUCGGGAGGAAGAUCUGAAGAUUGUCAGUUUCAACCUUGAAAUAGCUAAAAAUAGGGAUGAAAAUUGAACUAAUUGUUCGAAAUAAGUUGAAUAUGAAAAAUGGAGAGAAAAAUUCUGGAAACGAUCAAAUUUGCAGCUCUCAAAAGGUUUAGCAGAUCAAAAAUUCCAUUUUUUUAAAGAAUAGACCAAAAAUUCAGCUUCCCAAAAAAAUGAGCAAGGAAAUUUGCAGCUCUCAAAAAGGUUUAGCAGAUCAAAAUUCCAUUUUUCUAAAGAAUAGACCAAAAUUCAGCUUCCAAAAAAUGAGCAAGGAAAUUUGCAACUCCCAAAAAUAUUAGCAAGGGAAUUUGCAGCCCCCAAAAAAGUUGACAAGAAAUUUGCAGCCCCCAAAAAGUUGACAAGAAAUUUGCAGCCCCCAAAAAGUUGACAAGAAAAUUUGCAGCUCUAAAAAUAUGAGCAAGGAAAUUUGCAGCUCCCAAAAAAGUUAGUAAGAGAACUUACAGCUUCCAAAAAGAUAGGCUAAGGAAUUUGCAGCUCCCAAAAAAUAAGCGAGAGGACCGGCAGCUCUCAAAAGGUUAUGCGGCAGAUUAUCAAAUUGAUUUCAAAGAAAAAAAUCAGGCUUUCCAACGCUGAACUGUGAUCAAAUCGAACUUUAACAAAAUUUUCUCCUAAAGAAAAAUUGGACAGUUUCCUUUGCAUAUUUUCAAUAAGUUGGGUUGAAAAGUGCUGUUAAAAUAGUUUCUAUUUUUUAACCUAAAACGUCAGGGAUUUUGCGUCAAAAAAACCCUAUUUUUCUUAAGCUCUCAGUUUUUGAAAAAUUCUUCCAUUUAAAUUUUCAAAGAUUUGAAAAUAUUUGUUCUAUCUCCCUGGAUCUGAAAUAAGAAAUCUCCAUGAAAGGCCGAUUUUUCAGCUUUUUAUGGCUUAUUUCGGAAUAUUUUUUUGCUAGAUUUUUAAAAUUUAACUUCCGAACUCAAUUCUUUGUACUAUUCCAGCAUAACAUGUAGAAUAUUGUCAGAUUUUAGAAUUUUUUCGUAACAUUCGAUAUAAUUUCUGUGGUUAGGAUGAUUGUUGGGAAAAUGCUCGAACAUUUCUUUCAAAAAUCAGUAGUUGAAAAAACAUUUUCCAGCUCCAACCGAGCCAGCGGCGCUACUGGAGCUUCCCAGCCGAGGAAAUCUUUCCUUUUGUGGAAAAUUUAGGUCCUCCUGGCUUCUUGACCGAUACUUUCUCGAAGAUAAGAAUAUUGUGCGUUUUCGUAUCAAGACAAUAUAUUUAUAAGGCAUUUUUAAAGACAAAAUUUGCCGGCUUUGUCGUUCGCCGCCGUGGAAUUGGCCAAUCGCGGGGAGGAAAUCCGGAUCGCAACUUAUCCCGAAAAAGAUGAGCUGGUUAGGUCUCUCCAGGACCAAUUUCCUAUGUAA